CUGAUACUCUGUAUGAUAAAUGUGUAUGGAGAUUCUUUAUGUAGAUGCAGGAAUGUUGUCUUUUUGUGUUUCCCACCUCAUAUUUCUCUUCUCUUCUCCAGGUAUAGAAUGACCUCAAUCCCAAGAGAGGCCUGAUCACGGAUUGGCUGAGAGUACUGGACCAAGCCCCUUCUAGCCCUCCCUGACACCGCGGACCAUGGAGUCCCACCACACCAGGACAUGGACUUCCUGUCUUACCCUAUGCUGCUUCCUGUUGGCCUUGGCCAUCCCUCUCUCGUUGGCUUCCAGGCCCCUCCCCCAUGCCCCCGAUGGCGUCACUAUCAUCACUGCCUCCAUCGACACAGCCGAGGAGGAGGACUAUAGCACGUUCAGCACUGAGAACCCCGAGUGGAAGUUCAACCACGUGGCCGUGGACGAACGCAACGGCAACGUGUACCUGGGAGCGGUCAACCGUAUCUACAAACUCUCCCCCGACCUAAACGUACAGGUGUAUCACGAGACUGGCCCCGACGAGGACAACCGCAAGUGCUACCCUCCACGCAUUGUGCAGCCCUGCAGCGAACCGCUGUCCCUCACCAACAACGUCAACAAGAUGCUGCUGAUGGACUACCGGGAGAACCGGCUAUUAGCCUGUGGUAGUCUCUAUCAGGGCAUCUGUAAACUCCUCCGUCUGGACGACCUGUUCAAGCUGGGAGAGCCCUUCCACAAGAAGGAGCACUAUCUGUCCGGGGUCAACGAGAGCGGUUCGGUGUUCGGCGUCAUCGUGUCGUACGGGGACUCAUCGCCCGACAAGCUGUUUGUGGCCACGGCAGUGGACGGCAAGCCCGAGUAUUUCCCUACCAUCUCCAGCCGCAAGCUGGCGCGCAACUCGGAGGAGGACGGCAUGUUCGCCUACGUCUUCCACGACGAGUUUGUGGCAUCCAUGAUCAAGAUCCCGUCAGACACGUUCACCAUCGUGCCUGACUUCGACAUCUACUACGUCUACGGAUUUGGCUCGGGUAACUUCGUCUACUUCCUCACGCUGCAGCCGGAGAUGGGGAACGGGCCGGCCACCGGCUCCUCCUCCACGGGGCGAGAACAGGUGUACACUUCUAAAAUAGUCCGGCUGUGUAAAGACGACACAGCCUUUAACUCGUAUGUGGAGGUACCCCUGGGCUGUGUGAAGGGCGGCGUGGAGUACCGGCUCCUACAGGCGGCCUACCUCUCCAAGGCGGGUGCCAUAUUGGGCCGCUCGCUAGGUGUGGGGCCCGACGAUGACGUCCUAUUCACCAUCUUCUCUAAAGGCCAGAAGCGGCGGCCACGCGAGGCUUCGCAGGAGUCAGCGCUGUGCGUGUUCGCCCUGCGCGAGAUCAACGAGCGCAUCAAGGAACGACUGCAGUCGUGCUACAAGGGCGAGGGCACGCUGGACCUGGCCUGGCUCAAGGUCAAGGACAUCCGCUGCAGCAGCGCUCUCUUAACCAUCGACGACAACUUCUGUGGCCUGGAUAUGAACGCUCCGCUGGGGGUGUCAGAGAUGGUGCAGGGCAUCCCUCUCUUCUCUGACUCCACCGACAAGAUGACCUCGGUCAUCGCCUAUGUCUACAAGAACCACUCUCUGGCCUUCGUGGGCACCAAGAGCGGGCGCAUCAAGAAGGUAUGUGAUGGAACUGUUCUUUUCAAUAUCCUAUAUUUAUGUCAGCAGCCCCUAUGUGUGUGUGUGUGUGUGCGUGCGUGCGUGCGUGUGUGCUUGUGUGAGAGAGAGAGAUCCAGGACCUGUGUGGGUGUGUACCUCUGGCCAGGGGGUCUGGCUGUUCCCUCCACAGACAGUUUAAUGAGCACAUUGCCUUCUGUACAGUACCAGGAGACUAGCCCCCAUCACACAUACACACAUACACACACACACACACACACACACACACACACACACACACACACACACACACACACACACACACACACACACACACACACACACACACACAGACAAACAGUUGCACAUGCAAGUACAUACUGUGCUGAUUGGACCGCUGCUGUUCUCGGGGCUAAUAAGCGAUGCUGGACCCACAAUGACAAUUAUAUUGAAACAAACACACACUGUUUGUUUACCAUGGAAAACAUUUGUUUGGUGGCGCUCAGUGAAUGCUAAUUUACUAUCAAACAUAUUGCUGACAUGUUGCUGUGUUUCUGCUCUAUAAUUUUACUGGACACCUUACAACCCACAGUGCAAUGAACACUAGUCCUCCAAGGAUAGUUCUUGUUGAUAUUAAUUAUUGCCCUGACAAAUGCUUGGCCUGAAAUAAAUACCGUUCUAGGAAUGCAAGUUCUUAAUGAUUGUAUUGAAUCCUCCACAGGGAUAAGGGUUGUGAAAUCCUGGUUCAAAUCCAGUUCUUCUGUCUGGAAAACAAGACAGUAAUGUUAGGUUAAUGAACCCUAUUGCAAACGUUUCUUUGUUUGCGUGUGUUUGUGUGUUUGGGGGAGUGUUUGCGAGUGUGUGUGAGUUCAGCGUAUGCUAUUGUCUUGCAUUGUGAUGGUUGAUGUGUUAUUGGUGUGUACUAUUGUGUGUGUGUGAGUCCUGUGUAGUCCACUUCCUGUGUGUGAGUCCUGUGUAGCCUACUUUCUGUGUGUGAGUCCUGUGUAGCUCACUUCCCGUGUGUGAGUCCUGUGCAGGUCACUGACCUGACCGCAGAGCUACGUUGCAGCAACGUUGGGGCGGCUGUGAAUGAUCUACCCCACGAAGGCCAUGAUGUUAAUAUGCCUGACCCAGUGUUGUCAGGAAACAGAGAAAUCAAUACAAACACAUUCAUAAGCUGCACACACUGUCCUCCCCCAUUACAGGCUUGCCAUUAGUGGAAGCUCCGGCUGGUCUGAUCUUAUAUGAGGCAAUAAAAAGCCAUUGGGAUAUCAGCUGAUCCAUAAUGAUGUAUUUUAAUGGAUUAAUUAAUACACUCUAACUACAGUGCAUACUGUUUAACGAUCAGUCUCUGCAUAUGUAUUAAAGAGGCCCAUGAAAGGAAAUCGCUGGUAACCCAGGCUAGCCUACUGAUCUAAGAUCAGUGUGUGUGUGUGUUAACCCCAGUGCUACUAGAGAGGAGGGCCAGUGUUGGUGAAGCAGGAAUAAUUGAUGCAGUAGGUUGGCGUUUUAACACUCAGGACGGCCUUAACAAACUGUGCAGUACUGCAAGGGAGGAGGUAGCCUAUGAAACAGGAAGUAGCCUAUGAAACAGGAAGUAGCCUAUGAAACAGGACGUAGCCUAUGAAACAGGGCGUAGUCUAUGAAACAGGAUGUAACCUAUGAAACAGGAAGUAGCCUAUGAAACAGGAAGUAGGCUAUGAAACAGGAUGUAGCCUAUGAAACAGGAUGUAGCCUAUGAAACAGGAAGUAGCCUAUGAACCAGGAUAUAUCUUAUGAAACAGGAAGUAGCCUAUGAGAGCAGAAGCAUUUAGAAAGAGAAAUGAAGACGUGUCUGGUCUUUAAUGACUGUCUUAGGCACUGUUUAAAACCUUCCUGUAUCAGCUUGCUCUACCGGAUGAGACUCCAAACAUUAAUGGACUGUGUCUUACAUUUACGUACAGUACAGCAGUAGCUGUGUGUGUGUGUGUCAGCCAGCAGUCAGCAGCAGCUGCGUCUCAUUGCGUUGUCUCUUUCAACCUGUGCAGGGUCUGGAUGUACUCCUCUGCUCUCCCUCUUUCCUUCCUUCCCUUUCUCUCUGUUUCCUCUCCUCUCUCCCUGCUGGUGGACAUCUGUGACCUAUCACGCAUGCCCGCGCACACACACACACACACACACGCACACACGCACGUACGCACGCACGCACGCACGCACGCACACACACACAAAAACACAAAAACACAAAAAACUCACAAACUGUGCAUGUCAGUUCUCUGAAGGCACGGCCCCAACAAUGCAUGGUGUGCCAGGUGUGUGUUUGUGUGUGUGUGUGUGUGUGUGUGUGUUUGUGUGUGUGCGGGUCAGACUAGUUAUGGCCAUAAGGAUCUAGGAUUCUCCACGGGAAUGUCAGAGUCCUCGUUGCUUAGCACCAUGGUAACCUGGACACCUGAUCCUGUGUCCCGCCUCCUCGUUUAUCAGUUUGGGUUAAAACACGCUUGAUGCUAGCCAGCCUAAUAACAUUUCACAUUAGCCGCGAUUUCCUGACACAAACAAACGAAGAGUCACACAAACACAAAAAUGCACGCAUGCACGUACGCACACACACACACACACACACAUACUGUGUGUGUGUGUCAGCCAGCAGUCAGCAGCAGCUGCGUCUCAUUGCGUUGUCUCUUUCAACCUGUGCAGGGUCUGGAUGUGUUCCCUAUGUUCCCUUCACGCCUGAAGGCCUGUGUCACUUAGUUUGACCGGUGGAGUUUAGGCAUCAGAUGUCUCCAGCUGUGACCACUGGAAACAUAUGCUGUGCCUCCGUGUGUGUGUUCCCAUCUAAAUAAGCCCCUGUGUUUACCUCAGCCUUUGUCUACAUAUUUAUGUGAGCCUCUCUCCUCCUUUCCUCCUCUCAUCUUUUAAUAUUUUCCCAGCAUCUCCCUCCCUCUAUUUUCUCUAUCCUUGAUUAUACAAAUGACCCAAAACACUGCGGAGGAGGAGGAGGAUGGAGGAG